CCCGGUUGGAGAGUGAGUGCGGUUUCAGACCCAACCUUUUGGGGAGGAAAUUCACUGGAAGAAAUGACAAUCGACGCCAAUACCUCCAUCUACGUGGGUAAUCUUCCGUACGACAUCACCGAGGAGGUCAUUCGCAGAGAGUUCUACAUGUAUGGCGCCAUUCUAGCCGUCAAGAUAAUCAAUGACCGAGCCACUGGGGGAAGAUGCUACGGAUUUGUUACUUUUGCUAAUCCUAGAUCAGCAAUGCAAGCCAUGAAGGAAAUGGAUGGCAAGACCAUUGAUGGAAGAGUUGUCAAAGUGAAUGAAGUGAAGACUAGAGGUGGGAGAGCAAACUUUAACCAUGAGCGUUCUCGACAUGAUACUGACAGGAGUACUGAUGGUGAUAGAGGUAGAGAUCCAGGAAGAGUUGGUAGUCAUGAUAGGAAACGUCAUCUGGAAGAACAUUGGGAGAGAUCUCAAGAACAAGACCGAAACAAGGAGAGAAGUCAUGAUCGUAAAAGGGAUCUAUAUAUAGAUGAAAAGCGAUUUCGGGUUUCUAGCCGACACAUGGAUGAUGCUGAGCAGGAGCAUGGGAGAAAGCAUGAGCUUCAUACUGAAAAGGACACUGAUGAGAAGAUUGAGGAACAGAGGAGCACCAAUGAUCAUAGAAGUAGGGGCGAAUUUAAACACCAGCAACUCCCCUUUCGGAAAAGACAAGAACUAUUUGUUUCAUUGAAAAGCUUGCUAGUUGUGGUCGCCCUACACGACUGGCCCUUCAAAAGGUCUAGAUUUGACGAUCAUGGUAUCCGAGAGCUGUCUUUGGAGUCAUUCAAUGAUGAUGAGGAUCAGGGUAAAAGUAAUCUAGCGAUUUCAAAUCGAAAGCUUGAAGGACUUCGUCAGGAGAUAUCUCAGAUGGAAGAAUUGAUAGCAGACAAGCAGGAAGUUGUUUCCAAAUUACAGGAAAAGUGCCAGGUGAAUAUUUCUUUCUUUAGUGAUUCACUGAAUCAGUUGGAAGAUUCACUACUUUCAGCCAGAAAACUUACUUCAUGCCGUCAUUUACAAUUAGCCAAGAUGCAUAAAAUUUAUCAGCAAAUUCAAGAUUAUGAUGAGAGAUUCAAAAGAUCGGAACAAGAACUCCAGUGGCUCAUAAACUCGACCACAGUCGAGUUGGGAAAUGAUGGUGGGGGCAAUGGAGAUUAAAUAGCUACAAAGGAAGGACCUGACACAGUAUUGAGAACCAAACUAAAACAUAUGUGAUGCAAGUGAACAAUGCUUCUUGUGUUUUUAUUAUUUGCUUGUCUGUAGAGCCCGAAGGAUCAACUGUAAAGCUGAAGACAACAGUAAAGUGGAUUGAAUUCUUGCAGUACAUGAUGCAACAGUCUAAACAAUUCUGAUUCUGUAAGAGUUCUACGGAAAAGUUUUCAAAUACACCGAAUUUCCACCAAGCCCCAACGUAGGAUAAAGCAGAUAUUUUUGUGAUUGUAAAUGUGAAUGUGCAACAACUAUGUUUUAGCGCUUGGUGUAUGUAUGAACUAUUGACUGCCUUCACUGCGUUCAUAGGUGCGGCUUGUAUUGUAUGGUGAUUUGGACAAUUUACUAUUUUCUCACUUAUCUUUGUUAAGUUUCUGCAAUUUUGUUCUUCGGCAUUAUUUCACCUUUUUAUCUCAUUAUUUAAACG